AUGCAAGCAGUAACCUUAGUGACACCAUUAGAAUUAGUUAAAAUAAGGCAACAAACUGAUUUAAAUCGAUCGAAAUAUCGAGGAAUGAUUUCGACUAUUGCAUCAAUUGUAAAGGAAGAAGGAAUAUUAGCAAUGUAUAAAGGGUUGGUUCCUACAAUAUUUAGACAGUCUUGGGGGUUAGCUGUCAAACCUCAACAUUAUGUUGCAUCAGGGUUUUUGUCAAAUGUGUUGGUAGGCGUUCUCAAUUCCCCACCUGACGUUAUUAAGACAAGAAUGCAAGAUCAAUCUGCUUCAUAUAAGAACUCUUGGGAGUGUUUAAAAGUUAUGUUAAAAAGUGAAGGUCCCCUUUCUUUAUUUAGAGGUUCUCUAUUAAGAAUUAUUAGAAUUGCUCCUGGCGGAGGUAUUCAAUUUGCUACUUUUGAAUAUUUAUAUAGAUCAUUAGAAAAUAAAGUUUAA